AUGGCCUUCUUCAACUUAUAUCUAUUAGGAUAUCAAAAUGCCUUUCGGAACAAGAAAAGGGACACAACUGAAGAAACAUACCAGAAAGAACCAGAGCCCACUAGGCUUCCCCCUAUUAUCUCAGAAGAUGGGAAUCAUUCCGUGCACCAGAAUAGCCACGCAAGGUACCAGGAAGCUGUACGGAAGGUGUUGUUAAAGACAUUCCCCAAUCAGGUCUUCAGAGUCCCCCUGACUGAUGCUCAGAACUUCAGCUUCUGGCGGUCCCACAAUCCAGGAGUGCGCCCAGAGGACACCAUGCCAUGGAUCCGGAGCCCCCGCCACUGCCUCAUCAGAAGCCCAAUGACCAGGUUUAUAGAUCACUCUAUUCUCAAUGACAGAAACUUCAGUCUAUAUUGA